GGAAGUCCCUGGCUGGCCUCCAGUAAAGGAGGAGCUCGGCGAGCAGGAAGAGGUCGGAUAAUCCCGUCAUUGCUACCGGAGCUUCACCCCCAACCUCCUCCUCCCCCCCCCGCACCACCCCGGAUUCCCCGCACCGGAUCCUCCGAACUCCGGCCAGGCAUGCCGCCUGCACUCCUCGUCCUGAUCCCGGCUCUGAUCACCGUGCUACCGGCUGUCCUCUCCUCCAACACCGAGCCUGGUCUUCCUGCCCCAAGCAAUGUCCACAUUGACUCCUACAACAUGAAGCACAUUGUGAGGUGGGAUCCGGUAGAAGUGAAGGAUGAGUCAAUGCCCGUAAUGUACAGUGUGAGAUUUGAACUGGAUGGUCAGUCCACAAGAAUGUCUGAACAGAAUGACAAAUCUUUUGUGAGUUACAUGGAUUUCCGUGAAUUGUGCGUAAACAUCACAGAGACAGAGUGUGACUUCACAGAGAAAAUUGAGUCCUUCUGGAGGGGAAGAAUGAAGGUCCGGGCGGAGUUGGGAUCAAGAAGAUCGGAAUGGGUUGUAUUGCCGAAUUUCCAACCAAGUAAAAACACAAUCAUAGGACCCGUGAAGUCACUUGGUCUGAAUUCCCAUUCAGGAAAUUUGGCUGUGGAUUUUUCACCUCCUUUCUCACCAAUUCCCGAUGUAUUGGUAAUAUACUAUAACCUGUCUUACUGGAAGGAAGAUUCAGAGGAGAAGAAGACAGUUGACCUCCAUUCUUCCAUGACCUACGUAUUGGACAAUCUAGAGCGCAAUACGAAUUACUGUGUACAGGUGUAUGCUUAUACACGUUCUAUAAAAGGUCUGAUGAGCGACUCUGUGUGUGAAAAAACUGUUACAGAUUACACUCUUACUGUGGUGCUGGUGUGUGCAUUCGGUGUUGUACUCAUUUUUGUUGUAAUCAGCUUGUCGGUCAUCCCCGACAAACCUCUUCACAAGGCUCUAUCUGGGAUCAAGGAUUGGCUUGAUGGCCCUUAUAGGAUUCCCCCCCACGUAAUAAAUUACUUGGUGGAAAACCCUUCUCCCUUGGUCCACGAGGAAUCUACUCGGCACAUACUUGAAGAACAACAAUGUGAUCACAUAUCUAUCGUAGAAAUGGACCUCUAUCAGGAUGAUCAUGAAGAAAUGCCUCCUGAUCACAGCCAAUCGGAUUCAGAGAAUACCUGAGCGCUCCGUAGAGGGAUAUUAGUAAAUGGAACAAUCAAUUUACAAACCUGGAGCCUCAUGCUGAACAUACAGAGUAUGGACUACAGAGGAUGUACUCCCGGAGCGCUGCUACAGACGCAAUCAGGACAAGCGGAUCUUUACCUUGUACACCAUGCAGGCCGGGUGUACAAAGGAUUCAUAGGCCUCAUCCUGGGAAUCUGAUAUUCUGUAGGGGCAGCCGGCUGCUUCCCGUCUUAUUGUCUUCCUAUUUUUUUUCAGCAAGGAAAAGAUGUAAAGCUAAUCAAUGAUUUGCACUAUGCUCCUCAAUUUUCACGGGUUUUCAUAUGAACGUGGCGGAUCCUCAGUCCUGGACCUUCCGAUGGGGGUUCAUGUGACAUGCAGACAUAAAGUGUUGAAUAAAGCUUUACUAAAGAACUCCAUCCAAACAGAUAAGCGCAAAGGUGAAAAGGUGCAGCGUGGCUUGGGUGUGACUUAGACAUCUGCAGAAUGAACAAAAAAUGUUUUGUUUUUGAUUCAUUAUUUACAUAAAUUUGCUUGGUUAAAUUUGUUUAAUUUGUUUUCAAAAUGU